CGGGGAACUGUGGAGUGCGGUUCGUAUUCCCCAUACUAUAUCCUAUAUUAUUCAAUUGUGGAUUUGAACUCAUAAGUGAACGCGGUUUACUGUUCAGUCGUCCUCUGGUAAUCGUACAUGUGCGGUUCUCCGGUAGCGAUUUUUAUUAUCGUUGACUACUGAUUAGUGCAGUCAUUUCAAAUUUGCAAUUGGCGUAGAUUUAACGUAUAUCAACAAUUAACUCCAGUACUCGCAGAGCGAGUUACGAACUGUUAUGUAUUUAAUAAAUAAUUGAAUAGUCCUCAAAACGAUGAAAAUCCCAUUUGGCGUUUGCAUAGCCGUCUGCGGCUUGUUAUUCGCAUUGGACUCUGCGUCCACCGAAAAAGACGUGAGCGCCAAAAAUGAUCUUAAUUUGCUUGUACUCACAGUAGCUUCUGAAAAAAAUGAUGGUUACAAAAGAUUCAUCGAUUCUGCUAACCUAAAUGGCCUUAAAACUAAAGUGCUUGGUUUUGAUAAGCCAUGGCAAGGAGGUAACAUGAAUAGUGUUGGCGGUGGUUACAAACUAAAUUUGUAUCUUGAAGCAUUAGAGCCUUAUAAAAACAAUGAUAACUUAGCAGUAUUACUCACCGAUGCGUAUGAUGUUGUAAUUUUAGCAAACAGCAGUACAAUUCUAAAUAAGUUCACUGAGUUUGAUUCUUCAAUAGUAAUUUCAACCGAAAACAGUUGUUGGCCAGAUAGAAAAUUAGCAGAUCAAUAUCCUACUGUUGAUCAGAAUGGUUAUAGAUUUUUAAACUCUGGAGGUAUAAUUGGUUAUGCUAGCAAAUUGUAUAAGUUUCUAUCAGAGAAGCCAAUAAAAAAUCUUGGAGAUGACCAAUUACAUUUGACAAAUUUGUAUUUAAAUGCUGAUUUACGUGAAAAGCUUAACAUUAAGUUGGAUAAUUAUGCAAAAUUGUUUCAAAAUGUCUAUCUUGCUGAAGACGAUAUUAAACUGAAACUCGUAAACAAAUCAUAUGUAUUGGAGAAUAUUAAUUUUAAUACUCAACCAGCUGUUGUCCAUGGAAAUGGAUUAUCUAAAAUAACAUUCAAUAGCUACACAAAUUAUAUUCCAAAUAAGUGGUCUCCUGAAAUUGGCUGUAGUACAUGUUAUGACAACAAUUUGGAUCUUUCAACGCUCAAGGAAGAAAAUUACCCAAAAGUGCUAUUAUCUAUAAUUGUUGAUAAACCAACCCCAUUUUUUGAUGAGUUUUUAAAUAAAAUUGAAAAUAUUGAUUAUCCAAAGAACAGACUGUUUUUGUCUAUAACUACAUUGGUGGAAUAUCAUAAAGAGCAUGUGGAUAAAUUUAUUUCUAGGAUAGGUGAUCAAUACAAUGCAUCAUUUGUAUUUCAUAAGACUGCAGAAGAAAGUAUACAUGCACGACACUUUUCAUUUUCAUUAUGCACUAGCAAACUGUGUGACUAUUUGUUUUACAUUGAGAAUGAAGCACAUUUAGAUAAUCCACAAACAUUGAAAACAUUAAUUCAGCGUAAUAAGAAAAUCAUUGCUCCAAUGCUUACGCGACCAUUUAAAGCUUGGUCUAAUUUUUGGGGAGCCUUAUCUAAAGAUGGAUUCUAUGCUCGAUCAUUUGACUAUAUGGAUAUUGUCAAUUACAACAAAACGGGGAUUUGGAAUGUACCUUAUAUAAGUACUUGUUACUUAAUGAAAGGUACAAUUUUGGAAAAUAAAUUCACCAGACCAUCGUACAAAGAAGAUAAUUUGGACUAUGAUAUGGCAUUUAGUAAAUCAUUAAGAGAAAAGGGAGUUUUUAUGUAUAUUGAUAAUCAAUAUACUUAUGGGCAUUUGAUUGAUUCAGAAACAUUUGAUAUAACUCUUAAGAAUCCUGAAGUAUACCAAUUAUUUGAAAACAGAUAUGAUUGGGAACAGCGUUAUAUUCAUCCUGAAUAUAUGGAAAAUUUCAAUCCCGAUAAAAAACCGGCUGAGCCAUGUCCAGAUGUCUUUUGGUUCCCAAUUGUAACUGAACAGUUUUGUCGAGAAUUCAUUGAAAUUAUGGAGAAUUUCGGUCAAUGGUCAGAUGGUACAAAUAAUGAUCCCAGAUUGGAUAAUGGAUAUGAAGCUGUGCCAACAAGAGACAUUCAUAUGAAACAAGUGGGGUUACAAAAUGUGUGGCUAGAGUUCUUAAGACUAUUUGUUUCCCGAUUACAGGAGCAUGUGUAUCUUGGCUAUUACUCAGAUGGCCCCCCUCGUUCUGUAAUGAACUUUGUUGUCAAGUACAAUCCACUUGGUCAGGCGUCGUUGAGACCACACCAUGAUUCGUCUACCUACACCAUCAAUAUAGCUUUAAAUUCUCCAGGAAAAGAUUAUCAUGGAGGAGGCUGCCAUUUUUUGAGAUACAAGUGUAAAGUUACAGAUAUGAAAGUUGGUUGGAUGCUAAUGCAUCCAGGACGGCUUACACAUUACCAUGAGGGACUUGAAGUCACCAAUGGCACCAGAUAUAUUAUGAUAUCUUUUGUUGAUCCUUAAUUACCUUUUCAUUUGUGCAGAUAAAUGAUUCAACCACGAACAAAUUAUUUUUUUUAUAUAUUAUAUAUUUUGUGUUUAGAUUUUUAGUUGUUGAAAUUUUUUUUUUUUACCCAACCUAACAAACAAUAAUUAGUCAUUUAGAUUAUAGGUGAUAUUAUAAUCACAGAACUUUUUUUACUUUUUUUACAAUAUAUAUAAAUUAUUAUAUGUUACAGUCGAAUUGUGAUAACUCAUAACUCAAAAAUGUUCAUUACUCAAAUUUUUUUCUUGCUCCUUGAAGUAUCUAUUAGUUAUUAUAUUAGAUAUUUAAAUCAAAAAUACGUAAAACAAAUUUAUGUUUAACUUUGAGAUUUGAGUUAUUGUGACGGCUGAAUUAUUUCUAAAAAUAUUAUUCUAUUAUAAAAUUAUUUAAAUAAUUUACAAACAAAAUAAUUUAAUAUUUUUGUAAUUAAGUUUAAAAUAAAAAUUACCUACCAAAUAAUCUUUUAAAAAUAUUUUUGUUAUAAUUACACAUUAUGUAUAAGCUAAUAAUGUAAUUUUUCAUUUAAUGUUUAGAAUAUGUGACUGACAGAAAACAUAUGUCCCUCACUAUUAUCAUUUUUCCAUCUCAAUGUAUAAUAGUAGUGUAUAGCACUAUAGGCCAUAAUAUUAAAUUUGCAAGCAAUUAUACUAUAAUUUCAUAUCAUUCAUCAAACAA